AUGAAAUGGAAUUUUCAGAAGCAAGUACGCCUAAAACAAACAUUAAUUAAUGUUCCUAAUUUAUUAUGGAUUGUUGUUGAAGAUAGUGAUAAAACAAAUUCAGAUAUGGAAAAAUUUUUAAAAGAAUCAAAAAUUCCUUUUGCUCAUCUUUCUAUUAAAACACCUAAAAAUAAAAAAUUAAAAGAUAAUGAUCCAAAUUGGUUGCUUCCUAAAGGAGUAUUACAAAGAAAUGAAGCAUUAAAGUGGAUUAGAAUUAAUUGGGCUGGUAGAAAAAAUGCAAUUAUAUAUUUUGGUGAUGAUGAUAAUACAUAUGAUUUAAAAUUAUUUAAUGAAAUAAGACAAAUAAAAAAAGUAGGUAUAUGGCCUGUUGGUAUUGUUGGAGGAUUACUUGCUGAAACACCUUUAAUUUCUUCAAAAAGUCGGAAAAUUAUAGGAUUUAAUUCUAUUUGGAAACCUGAAAGAACAUUUCCUAUUGAUAUGGCAGCUUUUGCUUUUAAUAUUUCUUUACUUCAUGAUAAUCCAAAAGCAGAAUUUUCAUAUGAUGUACCAAGAGGAUAUCAAGAAUCACAUUUUUUAUCAACUCUUAAUAUAAAAGUAGAUGAUUUAGAACCUAAAGCAAAUAUGUGUAAUACGGUUUUAGUAUGGCAUACUAGAACUGAAAAAGCUGUAGUUAAUAAAAAGGAUAAAUCUAAAUUUGAAAAUGGUUAUGGUUUAACUCAAUAUGAAAAAAAUGCUGUUUUCUUAUAA